AUGGGGGACAGUGGCCGAAUCAUGGCCUGUGCCCAUAAAAACUCUGUCUUGUCGAGUGACAGAUAUGUGCGCCAGCUGCAGUACACCGCUUCCCAACAACAGGACAGCCAUGGGGAAAAACACGGUCAGUUCCUGACUGGCGGAUCCAAAGAUAUCAACCCCGGCCCACAGAGGCCCGCAAUUGGGCACACAUCUCGACGUCUCAUCAAGCGGAAGGAGUUGCAUCGCACAGCAUCCGCUGAGCGUCGUCCCGCCCGUGCCUUGCUCAAGAUCAUCGCCCGUCCAUCUCGAGAAACAAUGGGGUGA